AGAUCCAGGUGAAAACAAUAUAUAAAAUAGACUAUAUCAAAUAGAAUAGAUAGCCACCAUAUUUAUUUUUGUGGGAUUGAAGCUAUCUGAAAAUGAGCGAGCAGCCGCAUGUACUGGUUAUUCCUUAUCCGGCACAAGGCCAUGUAGCACCUCUUCUGAAAUUGGCAACAAAGAUUGCUGAACAUGGAAUCAAGGUCACCUUUGUUAACACCGAGUUCAUUGAGGCCAAAGUCAUGGCUUCAAUACCGGAGAAAGCUAAGGAAUGGAGACUUAUAAAGUUUGUUUCAAUUGCAGAUGGAAUCGAACAAGAGGAAGAUCGGAAAGAUUUCGCGAAGACUAGAGAUACCAUGUUGAGAGUUAUGCCUGGUAAGUUGAAGGACUUGAUUGAGAAGAUUAAACAAUCAAGUGAGAAUGAGAAGAUCACAUGUGUUAUUGCUGAUAUAUCUGCUCGAUGGGCGCUGGAAGUUGCCCAAACCAUGGGAAUUUCAAGAGCUCCAUUUAUACCUUUUGGACCAGCAUGCUUAGCCUUGUCAUUUCAUAUUACAAGGCUGAUUAAGGAUGGAAUUUUGGAUAAUAAUGGAAAAGCUAUGAUUGAUGGGUUGAUCUCAAUAUCAGAAAAUAGUCUUCCCUGGAAAGAAAAUGAAUUAUGUUGGACCUGCCGAGGUAAAGAAAAGAUUCAGAAGUUUAUUUUUGAAUCUAUGCGUUCUAGUGUCCAAUAUGUGAAAAUGUCCAAUUGGGUUCUUUCUAACUCAUUUUAUGAACUGGACUCAUCAUCAUGUGAUUUGGUUGCCAACAUAUUACCGAUUGGUCCAAUACUUGCUACCAAUAAUUCAUGGCAUUUGGCUGGAAGCCUUAGGCCUGAGGACUCAAGUUGUUUAAACUGGCUUGAUGAACAACCGCUAGGCUCAGUCAUUUAUGUCUCAUUGGGCAGCACAACAACCCUAAAUCAGCAACAAUUUGAGGAAUUGGCGCUUGGUCUUGAAUUCUCAGGCCAACCGUUUCUGUGGGUUGUUCGAUCAGACCUUGUGAAAGAUUCAAUUGCCGAAUUUCCAGAUGGUUUUAAAGAGAGAAUAGCCGGCCGAGGCAAGAUUGUUGAAUGGGCAGCUCAAGAAAAGGUGUUAGCUCACUCUUCUAUUGCUUGCUUUGUAAGUCAUUGUGGAUGGAAUUCAACGUUGGAAGGAUUAAGCAUGGGAGUGCCAUUUCUGUGUUGGCCUUACUUUGCGGAUCAAUGUCAAAACAGAAAUUAUAUUUGUGAAGUUUGGAAGAUUGGUUUAAAUUUAUCCUUAGAUGAGAAAGGGAUUGUUACAAAGGAUGAAAUACAAACAAAGAUCACAAAAUUGCUUAGCGACGCAAGUAUCAAAGAAAAUGCAUUGAAGGUGAAGGAAAAGGCUGCAAAUAGUCUGGUUGAAGGUGGAUCAUCAUUUGAAAAUUUUAAGAGAUUUAUUGUUGAAAUGAAGUCUAUUUAACUACUAUGUUUCAAUGCUAUGUAAUAAUGAUCCGUUGAAUCAACAAAACGUGAAAGUCUAUUUAAGA